GGCGAGUGCGACCGAUUCCGCGUUUUGCACACUAUUGACGUCAUGGGUCUGCGAUCUCUUCCAUCGCUGGAUGGAGCUGUCUGUCCUCGCCGGUGCUGAGCUGCUCAGGGCCUCCAUGUUACCGUCAAGGUAGCGCACAGCAGGGUUUUACACAGAGGACCGUGGACGACACACUGUGUGUACACUGUAAGACGUCAUGUUUUAACAAAGAGCGAGGGGUCUCUUUUUUUUUUUAUUUAGCUCGAUUUGACCUUCAGGGGGUGAUGAAGAGGUGAAGAUUACUUUCCGGGGAACCUCUGAUUACAACAUGAAAAUGUUACAUGCAAAUAUGCCACGGUCGUCCGCAUCUCCGCAGUCCCACCGUCUGCUGUGCUGCGUGACGCUGCUUUUCACCGGCCAGUGCGUUUUGGCCAAAUUCUCCCAGAUAUCGGAUUUGAAAUCGAAGCUUUCUGGGGUAGAGGAGCUCUUGGAGGAGUUUCGGAAGCAGCUCCAGCAGGACCAGGAGCACAAGAGGGAAGACGGAGCGGGCGACGAGUGCCUGAACAGCUACAACGCCAUAGAGGACUACAUCAUCAGGGCGAGGGACUCCAUUGAGCUGGGAGCCACCUUCCUGACCGCGCCGGCCAGGGUGUACAGCUGGAGAGACUGCCUCCACGCCUGCUGCUCCGAUCCCCACUGCACCGUCGCAGUCGCGGAGCAAGAGCGGGGAAGGUCGGAAGAGAGCCUCAGCUGUUUCUUAUUUAACUGCACUUACCGGGGCAGGAAUAUCUGUAAGUUCUCUUUGCAGGAAGGCUACAACAGCUACAGCCGCGUUUACAACGCGACCCUGCGCCCCGCCGCCGGCGGGUCGAAUUCGGACCUUCCGGAACACCCGAGUUCAAGAGGGGGACCCCGUGUCAAAACCAUAGAGGACGAUUCAGCCAUAGAAGACAGUGAUGAGCCCCCCCGCAGUGAUGCUGGGCAGGACGUGGUCAUACAGCUGCCCACCGACUGGGCAGUUCUGGACGGGAGGGACAGCGUAGACGAUCACGGAAUCCCACGCUACGAAUGGACCUUACUGCAAGGUGAUCCCUCUGUAAUUACCAAGGUCACCCAGCCCGGAGUUCUGAAGCUGAGUGGUCUCCAGGAGGGGUCGUACUGCUUCCAGCUGAGCGUCACGGACACUGCUGGACAGAAGAGCUCAGACAACGUCACCAUCACUGUCCUUCCACCUGAGCACAAAGCAGAAGCUUGUACAGGGCGCUGUUCCCGAUACCAGUUCAUGUGUGAUGAUGGCUGCUGCAUCGACAUCACGUAUGCAUGUGACGGGAAACAGCAGUGUCCAGACAGGUCUGAUGAGGCCUUCUGCCAGAGCUUUGAUGGAAGCCGGAAAGCCGUGAGCCACUCCUCGGACACCGCCAGCCACCUGGACACCGCACCCUACUCCGAGGACGGGGGCGACAGGGUGAUGUUGCUGGGGGAGCCCCGAAAGGCAGUGGAAGACCUGAAUUCUCCGGUUCAUUCCUAUGACGGGGGGGCGGCCUCCCCUCCUCGGCCUCACACCCAGACAGAGCAGGACGGCAGAGAGGUCUCGGACCACUGUCUGGCGCCCCCUGCUGCUGGUCCCUGCAAAGGCCUCUUCCCACGCUGGUAUUUUGAUGGGGCCGACGGCACCUGCAAGCAUUUCAUCUACGGAGGCUGCAGAGGCAAUGGGAACAACUUCCUGCAGGAGGCCGACUGCGUCAACGAGUGCGUCAGGAAGCCAGGAAGAGCUGUACCAAAGAACACCACGGACCCUCCGUCUAGAGUGGAGUCAGAACCUUCUCGCACUGCCAGACCAGAUGUCCCGCCGGACAGUGGAGGGGACAGUGGCAUCUCCUUGUCAAAACCGGCACAAGGCAUAGGUGGACACCCAGCCCCAGAGUCAGGCGCCGUGGUGCCGCUGGCUCUGGGCCUCGCCAUCACCGCCCUGCUCCUGCUCAUGGUUGCCUGCCGGCUGCGCCUCGUCCGGCAGAAGCUGAAGAAAGCGCGGCCCAUCACCUCGGAGGAGUCCGACUACCUGAUCAACGGCAUGUACCUGUAGCGUCCGGACCAAGAGCCACCUGGGCAGAGGGACCCCGCCUGCAGCACAGAGGUGGUCUGGAGCGGCCCUCACCUCAGAGGUUUCCAGAACGUAUCUGUACCCCCAGGCUCGACGGCCUGUGCUGAAAAUUCGAAAGCGGCUAUGGGUUUUAAUCACCAUAAAGGUUAUUCCUCUCCCUGCUUGAGUACAUUUCCUGGAGCUGACAGUGUGGUGGGGGGCUGAACUGGAAAUCGAGAAAAGCCGUUUAUCUCCCAAUUACCCAGCUCUUACCAUAAAUAUCAGCACUGCUGUCCUUAUAACUGUGCAGCUGUUCCAUGAACAUGCGCUCUUGUCACGUCUCCAUUUUUUACUGUGUGUCAGCCCAAAUCAUCCUUCAGCCUUGUCAGCAGUUUGGUAAAAAAGGUAAUUUUUUCAAAACCUAAUAUUUCCUUGUUUGAGUUUGAUUGACAUUCGUCUGGUGCAUUCUCAGGUUUGAAAUGCUGAACGAAGCCCUAAGAAAUAAAAUGUGCAGAGUUCUGUAAUCGUGACAGUGUUGUAUUGCCUUUUAAUGCUUGUGCCAGGGUGUCAUGGUUGUGCCUUCAGUAAAAUGACAGUGUCUCAUAUUCAAAGAAGAAUUGAUGUACGCCGAGCAGCAUACUAUAAACAUCUUACCCAUCAUGCUCA